UUUGUCCGCGGACAUCAUCUGUUACAAGAAGCGAACAGUUUUCCGAGAGCGUAGUUCGAGGAAAAAUGUGAGCUUUGGUUAACAGAUAAUGUCCAAUCUUUUUGGCAACACGCGCAGUUUUGUAAAUUGGGGAAUAUCACUGGGAUAUUCCACAGUUUAAGCUGGGACAUCCUCAGUCACGUGAUGCGUUUAGGCCAAUUGCGCGCGAGCGAAAAUAUUUGAUGGAUUAUAAGUGAAAAUAACAACAUUGGGGAUAAAUUUUGCUUGACAAGAAAUUUGCAGAUAUAUGUGGUUGUCAUGGAAACAUGAAAAUUCCGAGUAGAAUUAGGCGUCGCACCAAAUCGCACAAGAUAAAUUUAAGACAAGAUAACUUUAAGACAAAGUCGUAAAGGUUUUGGCAGCCUUUACUUAAAAAUUGAAAUAUUGAGAAAGUUAUCAACGGCUAACCUCAGCACGUGGGCACCGUUCCGCCUUCAACCUUCCCCUACACCACAGUUUAAAUAGGGUUAAUGAUUUAACUAGAGUGGGUUAUGUGUGCGAGACCGCACGAAGAGUAUUUAAAACUAAGUAUUAGCAAUUCAGGUUCUAUGAUAAUUUAAAUGUAAACUUUACGCCGAUGUUGUUGAUAAAAGAAUGGCUGUAGUAAUGGAUCGGGAAUGUCUAUUUGGAUAAAAAGGCUUUUGAUUGAAAGUGAAGCUCUCAGUUACACAGAAGCAUUGUAUUUCAGGCGGCAUUUUUGUAAGGUAGGUUGCUUUGAAAUACAUUGUAAGGUAACACGCAAUUUAUAAUAUUAUGAGAAUGUCCUUGAGAAAUUUAUCUCUCCAAAUCUCAGGAAUUGUUACCAUAGUUUUUUUUCCGUUGUAAGACUUUUAACAUCCUAAAUAUUCGGAUGGUUUUGUUAUAUUACCUGAGACAAUUGACACAAAAAGUGGAUGUUCUUAACAGACCUAAAGAAUAUAUACUUAUUCAAAACGGUGCCAAAGUAUAUCUUGAGUAAUAAGGAUAUUAUUGAGGAAAACAUGCAAAAAGAAAUUAAAUUCAGAAAACGGUUUAUCUUCUUAUCUCCAUAUUUGCAACAAGACUUUUUUUUAAACAAACGAAACAAAAAUACUUUUAAUAAGUCAGGCCUCGCCAAAUGCAUAAAUGUUCGAACAAACAAAUUCUCUACAAACAAAUUGUAUAUCCAAUUAUUAAGAUCACUUAAAUAAAAGUGUUCCUAUAAACUAAUCAUAAUGAUUUACGUGGAAAGCAAACUUGAAAACCAGCUCAUCUGGCUCAAAUACCCAAUUUCUUUGAUUAAUGAUCAUAGAUUUUUUUUCUUUAAGCCUUGUUUUGCUUUCACGCUGGCGAAGUAGAAGAUCGAGGUAAAUGUUCCGCAGGCGGCGCUGAAUCCCUGUGACUUUCCUCACAGGACACCUUUUAUCCUCGUAAAUAAACUAAUAAAUUAAAUACACAGGAAAGUGUCAAAAUUUAAAUUAAAAAUCCAGAUUGACGUUUCGAAGUUUGCUCUUGUUAGUGGAAGGAUCGUUAAAUUCUAUGAUUUGAGUCAAUUUUUUGUUUUUUUCUUAUUAAAAAAGGCAGUUUGAGAUCACGUGUUUCUGUUAACCAAAGCUCACAAAGUCUGAAACGUCCGUGUUUUUAAUUAAACGUUUUCGCACCAUUGAAAAUACUUUAAUCUUUUAAUUUAGAUACUUGAGUUUUGAAAAGCAUUUCUUUCUUCGUCUGUUACCAUUGUUUCGUGAAGUGAAGCCCCUUACUGACAUAAAAACACCACAAUGAUAAAAUUUAAGUACGAUGAGCCUCUUUUUGCUGUGUAAGCAAAAUGCCUGGAGCAAUAAAUUUCCGUUCCUUUUCAUGGCUUUGUAUUGAGAAAAGUCAUUAUCUAUAGUGAUAAUAAUUUAAAACUGAAACAAACUAUGCGGCACCUUUAGGUUUUUGUGUUGCAAACAAUGAGCACUUUUACAAUGAUCUAUAUCGGAGGAUUAAAAGCAAUUUUUAGAUCUGCUUGGCUUGAAUAUGUCGGCGAGUAUAUAUAUUUGUGCAAGAGAUGUACAUACAAUUUCAAAUUGUAAUUAUCAGAUAGUAAAAGCGAAGCUAAGUAAAAAACCGCACAAAAGAGAGCUCAUUUUAUAUAUAGAUUUUUGCAAUCGGUGUCUAAAAUAUUGUCAUAUUUUUGGUUGAUGAUUUUGCAUAUAAAUUAAACGCGAAGUAAAAGCCGACAAUGAAUUCAUUUGAAGGAAAAUGCAGUUUAUUUAUAUAGCAAAUUUCUUAUUUAACGUCACGUGCAUUAUUUUUGACAGCACGUAACAGUGUUUUGUGUAUCCCUGUUGUGAAAGCGAAUUAUUACAAAUCGCCGGCAUAAGUUUCUAAAAUACGUGCUAAUGAAUCGCCUUUUUGUGGUUUUCUACUGCGUCGAUAUAGGCUUUAUAAGGCGUAUUUCCUGUUGAAUUAACAAGGAAACGGAUCUUGAAAUACGGCAAGUUGACUCACAGAUGGACAACUUGAAUUAGCUAACAGAAUAACGUUGGGGAAGAAACGUCAUAACACAACACGAGAAACUUCCUUCCUGCCGGUGGUAACACAAAAGAGGGCUGCAUAAGAAAGCCAGGAAGUUGUCACGAAAGGAUUUUAAGAACAACGAAAUGUUGUGCAUAAAAGUUUGCGAAUAUUAAGCUUUAUGCGUCGCCGACUCAGUGGGGCAAAAAUACAAGAUUAUGCUUUUGACACUUGACGUUUUCGUCUUCAAACUUAUGUGAUUUUAACAAUCGAAUCCGUGGCGAUGUCCUAACCGAUGUUAGUAAAUUUACGCCUACUCUUUCAACGGUUCUAAAAUUUCGUUUCACAAUGAAAUUCCAUCUUGUUUUCUAUUGUACUGUUUUGUGUGAACCGCAUUGUAAUGAAUUGCAUGUAACAUUUGUAUACAAAAUGGUGCUGAUGUGUACAAAGCUGGAAAAACAAUACUUUCUCUCUCCCUGUUUUUGCAUUUCGCAGUUGUAUUCAAGCUCAUACCUCCCGUCAAUAUCGUCAUGCCACAAACCAGAUGCAUAAUUUAAGCGGGCUCCAUGCUAACUUUGUACACGAAGACAAGUCAAUCAACUGAUCUGAAAACAUAUUGAAGACAUGGGAAUUGAUACAUUCAGGUGUAUGGUUACAAUACUGUUCCCAUUUCUUUCUGUGGGCAGCAUUGCCACGCCUUCCAACUCAAGAUCUGUCAUGGAGAUAUGUGUCACGCCAGCGUGCAGUUGCUCAUUUGAUCUUGUGUAUAACGUGACGGUCACUUGUCACACAAACAAUGUGGGAAAGGACUUGAAAAGUUUCAUAAAGAAGCCAGAGUUAACAGCCGCAUUGUCUGUCGUAGAUGAUAAUACGACAACUAUUCCAGAUGGAACGUUUAGCCUGUUUUCAAAUUUGAGGUUCCUGGAAAUUAGACUAAAGAACUUAAAACUCUGGGAAGGAAAUCUUUCUCGCGAGCUACCAUCCCUUGAGGUUAUUUCAUUUGUGGCAGAUGAGAUUUUUGUUCCGCCCGAACACGUCCUUCAAGCACCAAACCUUCGAAAUAUCACCGGCGUGACAUGGAGCACUGCCUGCAUCAACGGCACCCUUCUGAGGAAUAAAACGCACGUGAACGUGACACGUUUCAGGGAGGGAUUCUAUGACAUAUACCCAGAGUCACGCUGUCGUGGUUCACGCCACGUUGUUGGUACUUUGUCACGUAAAUUUGCUGAGCAUGGGUUCUUGGUCGUGUACGAUGAAAAGUGCUUUGCUUCUGAAAUGACAUUGAUUCCAAUGCAUCGUUGCUAUGUCAGCGCGAAUAGGGUUCUUUAUGCUGAGUACUUUUUGACUCCACUGAUAAUCAUCUUGAACUUGACAGUGUUUGCCACUACAAUGACAACGAAGGCUCUCAGAAAACUACCAACGAUGCUGUUGGUAGCAAAUCUGGCCAUGAGCGACUUCUUCAUUGGAGUGUAUUCCCUAGCAAUCACUUUGUCUCGUCACGGAUUGUCGUAUCCAAGCUUCGUUGAAGUGAUAAAUCACCUUUGUCCAGCUCUUGGAUUUUUGUGGGUUCUUGGGCAAUUCGCCGCAACCUUGUCGUCAGUUCUGCUGACAACUGAGAGAUAUGUGGUUAUUAUUUUCUCCAUGAGGCCAAGUAUUUCGUUUACAACGAGGAUCUGCUUGUACAGCGCACUUGUCUCUUGGACAAUAGCAGUGCUAAUGGCGUCGCUUCCACUCUUCCGUGUAGGAACAUACACUACUACAACUUUCUGCAUACCGAUACAACCUGCUAAGGGUAUUCCUCACUCGUUUGCCUACAGCACCAGUCUCGUCGCCAUUGGAUUUCUCCUAUACACCAUUACACUGCCUAUGUAUUUCCACAUUUUUGUACACGUUCGAAGGUCAGGAAAUCAAAUGGGCAUCAAAAGAGAUGGGAAGCUAGCGAAGAAGAUCUCAAUAUUGGUUAUUAGCAAUCUGACGUUUUUCCUUCUUCCAAUUAUCAUAGCUCUUCUGUGGCUAUUUACUCAAACUUUCAACAACGUUUCUUUGCAAACUCGAGAAAUUUUGGUGGGCUCACUUACGACAGUUUGCUUCAGCAUUAAUUCGUUUCUUAAUCCUCUUCUUUAUGCGUUCAGGGACAGAAGAUUUCGAUUGACAAUUAAACAAAGAGGUUACCGGCUGUUACACCCCAAUACAACAUUUGUGCAGCAGUUAAACUAUAGGUCAGGGGUCGAGACAAGGUCUCAGUUAGGAGAUGUGAAACAACACAAGUAAAGUGAUAGAAGAGUUCAUGAAGACGAAGUUAAAGAUUGUCUCGUCAUUUCCUCACAGCGAGAAGGUGGAUGGAAAGUCACUGGUAAUUUUCGAAUGGAAAACGCCCCAGGAUUCCUGUCUUCUUAGUGGGGCUUUGAAACAGAUGAAGAGAAGCCUGUUGGGCCUGCUAAUGGCCGUGGAUACCCUUCCGUAAUCUGGGGUCUCAAAAAGCAUUGACUUCGUAUCAUUGGGACAGUGAAAUGGGUCUCCACAGAAUCAGCUAGAACACAAUUAUUCACUGAUUUACAUUUAUGUUGUUCGAUGAUUAUGAAUUGGUUGAUUUCAGUGAGUGACGCUGGAAUUGAGUGAAACUUAACGAACAGUUCCUUGAGCUGUACUUUAGGAAACAUUAAGGAAAUUACAAAAUCAAAGUCUUAUUUUUAUGAAUAGUGACAUACCGAGAAUCGACAUAUAUAUAUAUUUUUUGCACAUUUUAAUUAUCAGAAACACUUAGAUACUGGAUGUGAAAAGUGAAAACUUUCCUGGCGUAUUGCCUUCCGUAUACAGGUGUAAUAUGUCCCAUAUAUCCCAGCACAAUAUCAAUUUGAAUUUGGAAUGGAUAUCAGUUAUUUCAGAACGGAAAACAUCUGUUUUGACAAUAAGCGCGCACCAGGUAGGUAAUACAAGUCUAAUACUACUGGACUAGCGGAUAUCUCGAAACUUAAAUAAGAAGCUUAUUUCCAUGUAUAGGUCGUUUUCAAGUGACGUCAUAAUUUUCUAAAAUCCAAAACUAAAGAGCCACCAAAGUCAUCAGGCAUAAGAGGCGGUAUAUUUAUAUGUUUUU